AUGCCCGUGUUGCGCAAGCUAAUUGUCGUCGCUGCGGUCGAUGGCUUAAUCCUACACGCGGGCGGUCCGCGGUUUAACGGCAACAACGAAGCCUCCUCCAUCCGCAUAGACUACAAGACGAACAAGAUCACCGCCCUGCCCACCCCGACUCCCGAAGCCUUCGAGGGCCGCGAUGCUUUGGAGUCAUAUGGUCUAGUCGGCCUAUUGUCCGUGGCGUCAGUUUCGUUCCUUGUCUCCAUUACCCAGCGCCAAGAAGUCGCCCAAAUACAAGGCCACCCGGUUUACUCCGUGACCAACGUCGCUAUAAUUCCCACAUCCUCCCAAGAAGACGCAACCCGCGCAAUCACACAAGCCCGAAAAGAAGUUUCACAAGGCGACCCGGACCUCGAUCCCUCGUCCGACGAAGACGAUGACCCGGACAAUGCCACGGACGCUGCGCCAACAGAGAUAGGCAGCGCGCCGACUUCGCCAACCCGCGAGAACUUCCACGCGCGCGGCCUCAGCGUCAGCAGUAUAGCCGAAGAUGUUAUUGGUAAACGGCUCCGAUUCGGACGGUUCGCAGCGAACUGGCUAUCGCGCAAGAAUUUAGGCUUACCGAGGCCUGGAGAGCCGGAUCCGGAGAUUCUGGAAACACCAUUUGACGAUACCCCUCGGAUGUCGACCGAAGGGUCCGAGGUUGGGGAUUCUAGUACCGAGGCGAUUCUUCCGCAGGAAUUUGGGUCUCAGAGUGACUCAAAUCAACCAGGGGCUGGGCAGGCUGCUGAACUGUUGCCGAAACUGUUGAGGUAUACGAAGCUGCUCUUUGCUUCGCAUAAUUUCUUUUUUGCAUACGAUUAUGAUCUUACGAGAUCGUAUAACGCACAGGGUCCGAGGAGUGGCCAUCUGCCUCUUCACAAGACAGUUGAUCCUUUGUAUUUUUGGAACCAACAUCUUAUGACUGCACUCAUAGAUAGCGAUGCCCACGGAUUUGUUUUGCCCCUGCUGCAAGGGUUUGUUGGCCAGCGAGAGUUUACAGUCGCUCUUCCUGACAAGAAAGAAUCGGACGGGAGUCCUAAAGAGGAACCCGUCGAAGCUCGUAUCAUUGGUGACAGUCAAGAUGCAGAGGCUGUUGAGCCCCAAACUCCCAAGCAAAACUUCCUUUUGACUCUGAUCUCGAGGCGCUCUGUCAAUCGGCCGGGUGUUCGGUAUCUUCGUCGCGGUGUUGAUGAUGAAGGCAACACUGCCAACACAGUGGAGACGGAGCAGAUUCUUUCAGUGCCGGAUUGGGAUCCGUCGCAAAAUGUCCACUCCUAUCUACAGGUGCGAGGGUCUAUUCCGUUAUAUUUCUCGCAGUCCCCGUAUGCCUUCAAGCCGAUCCCAGUGUUGCAUCAUUCUGCCGAGACGAACCAGCUCGCGUUUGGGAGACAUUUCCGAGAACUAAGUCGGAGGUACGGCAAGAUACAAGCAGUGUCCUUGAUUGACAAACAUGCCGGAGAAUUGAAAGUGGGCGAACAGUACGAGAGAUAUGUCGAUGUCUUCAACAAAGCCGGAGGCAUUGAUGGUUUGCCGCUGCGUCUAGAGUGGUUCGAUUUCCACAAUGAGUGUCGCGGCAUGAAGUUCGAGAAUGUCAGCCGGCUGGUCGAUCGGCUGAAAGAAACUCUUGAUGAAUUUGGUUAUUCUACCGUGAAAGAUGGUUCUAUGUUGCACAAACAAGCUGGCAUUGUGCGAACAAACUGCAUGGAUUGCCUCGACCGCACAGGUGUUGCACAGUGUGCCCUUGGUCAAUGGGCACUCGAGCGCCAGCUGAAGGAGGAAGGAAUUUCAAUCGACCUCGGCGGAGAUUCUUCAACUCAAUGGUUCAAUACACUCUGGGCAGACAAUGGAGAUGCGAUCUCAAAGCAAUACUCGUCGACUGCAGCCCUGAAGGGCGACUAUACUCGCACUCGCAAGCGAGAUUAUCGAGGCGCCCUGAAUGACUUGGGUUUGACACUCUCGCGAUAUUACAACAACAUUGUCAACGACUAUUUUUCUCAAGCCUGUAUUGACUACCUCCUGGGCAAUGUGUCCACGCACGUUUUCGACGAGUUCGCCAUGGAACUACAAACCACUGAUCCAGGGAUCUCGUUGCAAAAACUCCGCCAAAACGCAAUUGACACGAGCUGUAAAAUCGUGAUCAGCAGUCCAUCUGAAGAGUUCCUCGGCGGUUGGACUAUGCUGACACCACGACAACCGAAUACCCUUCGCACACUUCCAUUCGAAGAAUCCGUCCUCCUGUUGACAGAUGCAGCGGUCUACAGUUGCCGCUUUGACUGGGAAACCGAUAAAGUACUUUCAUUUGAACGCAUUGAUCUGCGUUCCAUUUCUCGCAUUCACUACGGCACAUACAUCACCUCCAUCCUGACAGAUACUCAGGCCAAUGAGAGAAGCAAUGUUGGAUUGGUUGUCGUAUACCGAGAUGGCGAUGCGAAUGCUCUUCGCGUCAACACGCGCUCUCUGCAGACGAACGUGCGCCCCGCUGCUCUUGAACCUCCAAGCAACAACGGUGAAUGGGACCUUGUAUCCUGGCUCCGGGGCAAUAAGCGAGCAACGACUCGCUUCAUUGCGUUCAAAUCGAUGCCUAUCUCCAAUCCUGUGGCUAGUCCUCGUGCGGGUCCCAACGCUGGCACCGUUACCGUUAAAGAACUUGAUCGGGUGCGGGGCAUUUGCCAGGAAAUUGAACGCGCAAUGAUGGCUGGCGAUGGACAGAAUGUUGAUUCAGCGUCUGUAGUUGAGCAGUCAGAUAUUAUAUCCUUGGCUGAUGCCAAGAAACGUACUGGAAUCUUGGAGUAUCUUGUAUAUGAUAUCAAGAAGAUGGUGUGGGCUUGA